AUGUUUGCACUUCGGUCGCGCUGCGCGUCUCGUGUAGCGAAUUCGCGGCUUUUUUCGACUUCGACGCGCCUUCGCGCUCCUGAAGAUGCACCAAAACCACCACGAUCCAUCGAUGACUCGACCUCUGCGCUGGACUACAAAAGAGCACAACGGAUACGUCCACCACCUCUUCCCCCUACGGACCUUCCAAGAUCUCAAAGCGCAGAAGAAGCUGUGACGAACAUCCUCUAUAACACCCCUCCUCCGAGUCUGCAGCCCUUUAAAAAACAUAUCUUUAACUGCCUGGUACAAAAUGAACCUGGUGUGUUAUCCCGCGUGUCUGGUAUCCUCGCUGGACGCGGGUUUAACAUCGACUCUCUGGUGGUGUGCCGGACUGAAAUUCGGGACUUGAGUCGGAUGUCUAUCGUCCUUAGCGGACAGGAUGGAGUUGUGGAGCAGGCAAGGAGACAGCUAGAGGACCUCGUGCCUGUUUGGGCUGUUCUCGACUAUACAGAUACCCGUGUUAUCACACGUGAAUUGCUCCUCGUAAAAGUGUCCAUCCUUGGGCCCGAGUACUUGGAGGAUCAACUCGUGGGUGGACCCUCUCAUGAGCCGAGGCGGGAGCACCACCCACCUCAUCGGGAGACCAAACUUGAAAAAGAAACCACGCUCGCUCACAAUUUCGAGCGUGGUGCCCACCCUAACUCUCACACAGAGCCACAUAAUCCACCCCCGUUGACGCCCUCCGAGGCCCUCCGCCACAAACACCAGCACCUCCAAUCCAUCUCCGUCUUAUCCGACCAAUUUGGAGCAAAGAUCGUCGAUGUGAGCGAGAACAGCGUCAUCGUCGAGCUCACUGCAAAAACGAACCGCGUCAUCGCGUUUUUGAGUUUACUCAAACCAUUCGGAAUCUUGGAAUCAGCUCGGACUGGUCUUAUGGCAAUGCCGCGGACGCCCAUCACGCAUUCCUCGAAUGAUUCUGACGAUGCAGCGGAUGAGAUAGGUGUUGUAGAUGCUAGUUUGCUUCCCCCUGGUUAG